AUGCAGGCUUCUGGGCCCCCACGGCCGAUGCAGCGACGGUCUCCUGGAGCUGAACCAGGUCCUCCGCCGAAUAUUCCUCUGCGAUCGAUAUCACCGGCGCCUAAUACUAUCCAAUCUCGUGGCUCUGGGGCCUCAUCGAGAUCCAGCCAAGGAGGCCCCGGCGCGAGAAGACCAAACCAGCAACCGCCAAACAGCUCCUCCGUGCCACUAUCGCAGAUCGAAAAGAGUGUAACUCAUCUCCUCGUCGCUACGAAACAGCUGCUCGAAACCUUAACACAAUGGUCUCGUGGCCAGGCCACGGAUGGCCAAGUGUCAGAUGUUUACGUCCGCCUUGGCUAUGAAUUUAACAUGGCCUGUCGCGCCUUUAGCGCGAUUAAUGUCGAUACCUCAGACCUCGGAAACGUCCCCGAGCUAUUAAGGCAUAUUCUCGAGGCCACCUUGAGUCAAGAAGCGAGCGCCGAGAGCCUGGAGAAAUACCUGCCGAGGAUACGCGAUAUCAUAAUAAAUCUGCUUCAUGGUCUCAAGCGGAAACAACAGAAGCUGAGGCAAAAGACGGCGAGGGACAGGGAAAGUAGUAGCACGGGCAGCUCUGGUUCUAUCCCCGAGAGGACCACGAGCACAAAUACCGUAUCGAGCACGAACAGUGGCCUUACGACGAUGCUCGACGAUGGUAUUAGCAAGAACGACUAUCGCGAGCCGCAGGGCGCUCCGGGUAAGAACCGUUUUGCCCCGCAAAGGGACGACACGCGCGGCUCAGCAAACUCGGGAAUGUCCUCUCUGUCGAGCAACACGAUGCAAAGCCUACCCGUUCAGCCUCCAUACCCAGAAAGCGGCGGUAUUCCUUCGAAUGCGGCAGGUCCUGGCGAGUUCAGCAUCGAUAACUUUCCACCGCCACCGCCUCCUCCUCCGUCACCCCCGCCGAAACAGUCGUCGGGCCAGCGGGCUCUGGCUGCUCUCCAGAAGGGCGGGGAGCUGGAGAGGAGGGCGUCUCGACGGUAUUCACAGUUCCAACUGGCUAGGCACCUGGGUGCUCCGGCUGUCCCUUUGCUCCCGUCGCAAAAUCUGCCAAUCCCGAAUCGCGAGAGGGGGGAGUUCAAGGAGUCGCUCAGAGCCGUUCAAGUCCGAGAGACGCCACCGAGACACAAGCGAGAUAUGUCCAGCCAGUCUAGGAUAACGGGGAUGGAUUCCUCGCCGAUGCCUCCCCCGUCAGAGGAGUCAACGCCGGCUGCGGAGCUUCCAGCUGCUGUCCCAGAUCGGUCGCCGGAGGAUUACAAGCCAAGCGCAACGCUGCAGGGGCCCAUGAUCGACACCAUCCCCAUCUCUGGAUUUGACACUACUGAGGAGGAGAAACCGUUUGCCCCGAACGCCGAUGCGCAGGAGAGCAGGCCGAGACCACAGACCCCGCCUGUUGCCCCCGGGCAGGGAGACAGCUACUUCCAAGAGUCUCCGGCCUCGCCCACUAAGGAACUCACUCUAUUUUUGCAAUACAAGUCCAAGGUAAAAAAAUAUGUCCUUCCCGAGGGUAUCAGCGAACUCUCUAUCGGCCGUCUGCAGCUGGCUUUCAUCGAGAAGUUUUCUUGGAAUACGCACCACAACGGUGUCGACCUCCCCGACAUCUACAUCCAGGACCCGGUGUCCGGUGUCCGUCAUGAACUAGAGGACCUAUCGGACAUUCGAGACCGGACAGUUCUUGUCUUGAAUAUCGAACCGCUGGAUGAGGUCAAGAGACACAUUGACGACGGGCUUGGGGUGUUGAGGAAGCUAGUCCAAGAGGUAAAGCAGAAUGUCGAUGACCAAAAUGCGGCGAUCGUCAGGGUUUCCGAUCGCCAACAGGAGACUGCGAAGGAGGUGGCUCGGCUGGCAUCGGCACCCCCCGUAGUCAUGUCGCCGCCGGCGGAUGGGUCCCGUCCCAGGACAUCUGGUAAGAAACUUGACAGUUCACAUUUGGCCGAGCUGCAAAGCAUUCGCCGCGACCUUGCGGUGGUUCGCCAGACCUUCUCCGGAUUCCAGGCCGAAAUUCAGGGCGCCAUGUCGACCAUCCGGACCAAGGCGGCCAAUCUCAAGAUGGUGGCUACCAGCGCAUCAAUACCCACGGCUGAAGGCGCCGAGGGGUACUCGUACGUGGCGAACGGUAGGAAGGAGCUCAACGCCAACUCGGACCGGCUGGUUGCCAAGGUGGACGACCUCCAGGAUCUCGUCGAAGAUUUGCGCAAGGAUGUGGUGCAUCGCGGCGUGCGGCCGCUGCCCAGGCAGCUCGAGACUGUCAAUAAGGACAUCAUGUUGCUAUCGAAGGAGCUCAAGAAGAUGGAGGAUUACAUGAACCGCGAGAAGCCCAUCUGGACCAAGAUCUGGGAGAAGGAACUCGAGGACGUCUGCCAGGGUCGUGACGAACUGCGCCUUAUGGAGGAUCUGAUGGUUGAUCUUCGCGACGACCUCGAGAAAGCGGCGGAGACCUUUUCGCUCGUGGAGCAGGCUACCAAGGAGCAGAUGAAGGACAACGGAACUGGCGCGAGCGCGGGUACGGCGCGGAACUUUUCAAAGACGCUCGACAUGAUCGGUGGCAGUGCCGAUCCAUCUGCUGCCAAGGAGGGCGUGUUGGGCGAGGUGCGGGCGCUGAGGCCGAACCACGAGGACCGACUAGAGGCGAUCGAGCGAGCGGAGAAGCUGCGGCAGAAGGAGCUGGAAGGGAGGAAGGGUGGUGCGCUGCAGAAGGAACUGAACCAGUUUGUGGAGGGGGGCAAGCUUAAAAAGUCGGGUGGAUUCGAGGAAGUGGAGCGGGCGAGGAGGGCGAAGGACGAGAGGAUUAGGAGGGAGGUUUGGGAAAGGCAAAAUGGCAUUAUACCGGAGAACCCGAUAGGUGAAGAAGGCGCUGUGGAUGGAGAUGGAGCGGUUAAUGGCGUCUAG